AUGGAAUAUCUGUUGAAUCGUGGCACAGAAACCGGUUUGGUCGAGGUAUCCCAACUAAUGCAGGCCAAAUACAAUAUUGUGGAAGCCCUACUCCGCACAACCGAGACGUAUCGUGGAUGCGAUGACCAGGAACUGUCCGUGCUACUUCGACCGGAGCAGAUAGCUUGCCUCCGAGUCUAUGUGAAAGAAGGGAUCUGGGGUAAACAGGCCUCAGAGUCCACGGUCGCCAUGAAACCAGGUUGA